AUGCAUCCUGAGUCAAGUCCCUUCCAUUUCAAAGUUUUGAUCAUCCACUUAAUAUUCUUCAUGUUCUCAGUCAACUCUACACUGACCAAACAUCUGUGUGAUGUAAUAUUAGUUGUGAAUGGUCAUGAGUUCCCUGCACAUCGAGUUAUAUUGGCUGCUGGCAGCCCUUAUUUUUUUGCCAUGUUUACAAAUGCUCACUUGGAAAGUACCCAAAGUCAUAUCAUUCUUAAUGACAUUGAGAUAUCUACACUCGAGAAACUUCUUGCAUACAUCUACACAGCUAAGUUGGACAUCACAGAAUCCAAUGUUCAGAGUUUGUUAGGAUAGCAGCCAUCUAUUUUGCAGAUAACGUCUGUAGUUGAUGCAUGCUGUGAAUUUCUACGAGUCCGUCUUGAUCCAGAAAAUUGUCUUGGAAUAUUUCAAUAUGCUGACUUGCAUGGUUGUUCAUCUUUGAGUGAAAUGAUUUGGCAUUAUACUUUGGAACAUUUCCAAGAAGUAGCACAAUCUGAAGAAUUUCUCUCUAUCACAUCUACUCAUCUCCAAGCUUUAAUUCUCUCGGACAACAUCAAUGUACAAUCUGAGGAAGACAUUAUUGAUGCUGUAUUGUCGUGGUACAAACACAAUAGUGAUAAACAACGCCUGGAUAUGCCAAGCUUAUUACAAUACAUUAAACUUCCUUUACUUCCUCAUGGAGCGUUACAAAAGAAACUUAUCGACAAGUUUCUUCCACAUGAUCCUAUCCAUCAGAUGAUUUCGUCACAGAUGAGAAGUUUUCAAGACAACCAUAAUCCUGUUGGCUUUGAUCCCUAUGCUCCUCGUCCAUCCAUCUCACAACGACUUCUAAUCUACAUUGUCGGAGGUGAGACACAUCCAGGAAGGUGUACAAUUAAUACUGUAGAGGAAUAUAAUCCAUCCAAAGAUACAUGGAGACAGUUGACUCCCAUGUUGUCUGCAAGACGAGGAGUGGGCGUUGGUAUAUUGAAUGGAUUCCUUUAUGCAGUGGGUGGAUCAGAUAGUAAAGAUGCUUUAAAAUUAGUAGAAUGCUAUGAUCCUAGGACAAAUGUCUGGAUACAAGUGGCUGAUUUAAAUGAGAAUAGAAGCAGUGUCUCUGCUGCUGUUGUUAGUGGUGCACUCUAUGCUAUUGGUGGCUAUGACGGUUUUUCCAGGUGUCUUCGAAGCGUUGAGAAGUACAAUCCUGACACCAAUACCUGGUCCUAUGUUUCUGAAAUGAAUACACCUCGUAGUAUGUCGUCUGUCGGUCUUUGUUCUACUGAGGUUUACGACCCUGAGAAAGACUCGUGGAGUUUUGUAGCCGACAUGACUGAACCACGAAGUGGAGUUGGUAUGGCUGUUGUUGGUAAGAAGCUGUUUGCCUUGGGUGGUUAUACUGGCUCUGUUUACUGCAGCUCAGUUGAGUGUUAUGAUCCUGACAUUAACCAAUGGAGCAUUGUCUCGCAAAUGCAAGCGGGUCGAAGGCGAUUUGGGUGUUGUUCGUAA